AUGGCUUCCACCGAGAAGGAGAAGAACGAGCUCAAGGUCCAGGGUGUCGUUGAGGCUGCCCAGGACCCUGAGAGCAACGUUUCUGCCGACGACGCGCAAAAGAAAAUUGUCGAGGAGUCCAAAAAGGCCGGCAUCACGGCCUUCACUUUUGAUCCCGAUGCGAGCCCCGAAGAGAAGCGCGCCCAAGCUGCAGCCGCUGUCCCUCCCGGCUUCCACUCCCAACGAACAAAGGGCAUCUCAGUCGUCACUGACGUUGCCGAUUCGAGCGCUCCCGUAACCGACCUCCCCGAGCCGACCAAAGCUGGCGCCAUUGAAGUUGUCAAAGACAAGGACGGCAAGACACUUAAUUCGGGCGAACACCCAGAAGGUGUCGAGGAGGAACCCUACACUAGAACUGGCUGGGCUCCUCAGUUUGGCUGGCCCAAGGAUGGCGUUCACGAUAGCGUGAGUCUCCUGGAUCACUCCACCUGGCUCGAGAGUAAUAUCCCGGACAAAUUCUAUGGCGACUGGUACCACAAUGCUGCCAUUAUCAUCUUUGCCUGUAUUUCGUCCUGGCUGGUCGCGGUCUUAGGCGGCGGUUUGGGCUGGGUCUUCAUCCUUAUGGCGGUAUGUUCCACAUACUACCGCACCUCCAUCCGUCGAGUUCGGCGCAACUUCCGCGAUGACAUCAACCGAGAGCUGUCCUUGAAGAAGCUCGAGACUGAGGUCGAGUCUCUCGAGUGGAUUAACUCGUUCAUGGUCAAAUUCUGGCCCAUCUACCAACCCGUUCUAGCUCAGACCAUCAUCAACUCGGUUGACCAGGUUCUGAGCUCAGCCACUCCCGCGUUCCUGGACAGCUUGAAGCUCAAGACGUUUACACUGGGAUCCAAGCCGCCCCGCAUGGAGCACGUCAAGACCUACCCCCAGGCCGGAGAUGACACCGUCAUCAUGGAUUGGAAGUUCAGCUUCACACCCAAUGACACGGCGGAUAUGACUUUCAAGCAGAUCAAGAACAAGGUCAACCCGAAGGUCGUCCUCGAGAUCAGAGUCGGAAAAGCCAUGAUUAGCAAGGGUCUCGACGUCAUUGUCGAAGACAUGGCUUUCUCCGGCAUCAUGCAGCUCAAGAUCAAGUUGCAGAUUCCUUUCCCUCACGUCGAAAAGGUGGAAAUGUGCUUCCUCGAAAAGCCCGUGAUUGACUACGUCUGCAAGCCCCUCGGAGGUGAAACGUUCGGAUUUGACAUCAACUUUAUUCCCGGUCUGGAAUCCUUCAUCCUUGAACAAAUCCACGGCAACUUGGCUCCCAUGAUGUACGCGCCCAACGUCUUCCCUAUCGAGGUUGCCAAGAUGCUUGCCGGCACUCCGGUCGACCAGGCCAUUGGUGUUGUGGCUGUCACGCUCCACGGAGCCCAAGGCCUCAAGAACCCUGACAACUUCUCGGGCUCUCCUGACCCCUACGCUGUUUUGACCUUGAACCGUCGCCAGGCACUUGCCAAGACUAAGCAUGUGAAGGAUACCUCCAGCCCUCGUUGGAACGAGACCCACUACAUCAUCAUUACCUCCUUCAACGACUCGCUUGAUAUUCAAAUCUUCGACUACAACGAUUUCAGAAAGCACAAGGAGCUUGGAGUGGCCUCCUUCCCUCUGGAGAACGUGGAGGAGCUCGCCGUGCAUGAGAACGAAAGACUGGAGGUCAUUGCCGACGGAAAGGCUCGUGGCUUCGUGUCCUGUGAUAUCAGGUUCUUCCCUGUCUUGGAGCCUAAGAAGCUGGAAGAUGGCACUGUGGAACCCCCGCCUGAGUCCAACACGGGUAUCUUGAGGUUCACCGUCGAGCAAGCCAAGGAUCUGGACGGCACCAAGAGUCUUGUCGGCCUUCUCAACCCCUACGCAACUCUUCACCUCAACGGCAGAGACAUCCACCACACAAAGAAGCUCAAGAGAACGAACAACCCUAUCUGGGACAACGGCUCAAAGGAAAUGCUCAUCACGGACCGGAAGAAUGCCAAGCUUGGUGUUACGAUCAAGGAUGACCGUGAUCUCACUGGCGAUCAAGUCCUCGGCAAGUACCAGAUCAAACUCGAGGAUAUGAUGGAGUGUAUGGAGAAGGGUCAAGAAUGGUUCCACCUGUCCGGCGUUCAGACCGGUCGCGUCAAGAUGAUGGCACAGUGGAAGCCUGUUGCACUGUCUGGUAUUGUUGGUGGUACCGGCGGCUAUGUCACCCCGGUAGGUGUCAUGCGCUUUCACUUCAAGCACGCUCAUGACCUCCGGAACUUCGAGACCCUCGGCAAGUCUGACCCGUACGUGCGAGUACUUCUGUCCGGCAUUGAAAAGGCGCGCACGGUUACUCACAAGAACACUCUUGACCCCGAGUUCGAUGAGGUUCUCUACGUCCCAGUCCACUCUGCUCGCGAGAGACUGACUGUCGAGGUCAUGGACUCCGAGAAAAUGGGCAAGGAUCGCAGUCUGGGUCUCGUCGAGGUCUUUGCCGGCGACUACAUCUCACAGGCGGAGAAUGGAGAAUACAAUGUGCAUGACCAGAAGAAGAUCAUUCAGGGAGGCCUGCAACUUCAUGGCAAGGGUAUUGCGAAGGGUGUUUUGACUUACAACGUGGCAUUCUAUCCCUGCCUAAACGUCGCUGACCCCGAGGAUGAGGAGGAAGAGCACGCAGAACCAUCGGCUGAGAAGGCUUUGGAAGGCGCAACUCGUUCUGCCGAAGCUGGCAAAUUCAGCUCACUCGAGCAGAAGAAAGCCGACGAGAAGAGGCACAGCGGAGCGGAGCUUGAGCCAAGCCCGCCCAAGACCCCGGUUACACCGGUUUCGCCAACGAUGCCCAGAAAGUCCAAGGACGAGAGCGGACCCCCCAAGAUUCGACUCUCUCCUCAGGAGCUGCUCAAGUACGAGUCUGGUCUUCUGAUCUUCAAGCUGAUGGAGGCCGAGAUGCCGGAGCACAACACGCACUUGGAGGUUUGGGUUGACGACAUGGCUUUCCCGUCAUACACAUCGUCAGCAGCAAAGCACAAGAAGCACACUUUCGAGGAGAUUGGCGACUGUUUCAUUCGAGAGCUUGACUUCUCUCGCUUGACGCUCAAGGUGCGAGAGAAGGGGGACAAGAUUGAGGGUAGCGAGAAGGACAAGGACCACACAAUGGCGAAGCUUCAGGGCAACACCUUGGAUACGCUGAAGCAGUGUCUCAACAACCCCACAACACUCAAGUUGAAGGACAAGGAGAAUCGCCCAAGCAGCGUCAAGGUCAGCCUGAAGUACAUCCCUGUCAAGAUGCAGCUCGACCCGAGUGAGAGUAUCAACAACAUGGGAACGCUUCGUGUGGACGUACUCGACGCCCAGGAUCUCCCUUCGGCAGACUCUAACGGAAAGAGUGACCCUUACUGCAAGUUCGAGCUCAAUGGCGAGGACGUGUACAAGACGAAGGUCCAGAAGAAGACGUUGCAUCCCGCCUGGAACGAGUUCUUCGAGGUUCCCGUACCAUCAAGGACGGCUGCCAAGUUCAAGGUCACGGUGUGGGAUUACGAUUUCGCUGACAAGCCGGAUUUCCUUGGAGCUGCCGACAUCAAUCUCGAACAGCUCGACCCGUUCAGGCCGAGCGAGAGCCGCUUGAUACUUGACGGCAAGUCGGGCACAGGCACAUCCACCUUCUCCGGAACGUUCGCAGCUCCUGGCAGAAUUGUCACCGGUGUUGUGGGAGCGCCCAUCAAGGUUGGUGGUGUAGUUGGACACGGUGUUGGCAAGGGCGCUUCUUUCCUCAAACGCGGGUUGUUCUCCAAGAAGGAUGACGACUCCGAUGGCCCCUCGUCAAGCUUCAGCGAGAUCCCGACCAUUGUCGAGAAUGGCAGUCCGCCUGUUCCGACUCCUGGACUCGGUCUCAAGAGAGCAACUGGCUUUUCCACGUCUGAUGGCAGCGACUCCACAGACACGCGACCCGGAACCUCUUCCAACGGCAACGGUUCGACUCUAGGUGGCCACAACCGCACCAAGAGCAACGGUGCGGCCUCCGUUCAUAGCCUCAACCCUGGAUCCCCGGGCUCUGGGAGUGCCACUUUCACCGUGGUUGCUGCCAAGGGCUUCCCGCCUUCAGCUGACUUGUACGUCGUCAUCAACCAGUUGGCACCCAAACCGAAGGUCAUUGGAAAAACCAAGCACCACAAGGAUGCCACAGGCUUUGUCAGGUACAACGAGACUUUUAAGAGCACUUGCACUGCCGACACUCAAUUCAAGAUUGAGGCCAAGGGCGAGCACAAGUUCAGUAGCGAUGACGACUUGGGUGAGGCUCUCUACUUCGUCGAUGAGAGUGGCGCGGAGGCCGAAAAGGAGAUCAAGGUCGGCAGCGGAUCAGUUAUCAUCAAGAGCAACUUCAUCCCUUCCGCCGAAUCUCUGGAGCCUGGAAGCCCCAAGUCAAUCGUUCGCCGCAGCUUCAUGGGCAAGAGAGAAAGCCGAAGCAGAGAAGGAACACCGACGUGA